AUGCCGUACAUGUUCUCUGUAUUUCCUGUUUCAGCAAACUCUCUUGCUCUGAAGAGGUUCGUUAAAGCCGCGCCCGCUCUCAGGUUCGUUAAAUCAGCGGCCGCCCCCAAGUUCGUUAAGUCAGCGGCCGCCCUCAGGUUCGUUAAGGCAGCGGCCGCCCCCAGGUUCGUUAAGGCAGCUGCCGCCCCCAGGUUCGUUAAGGCAGCGGCCGCCCGCAGGUUCGUUAAGGCAGUGGCCUCCACCAGGUUCGUUAAGGCAGCGGCCGCCUUCAGGUUCGUUAAAGCAGCGCCCGCUCUCAGGUUCGUUAAAUCAGCGGCCGCCCCCAAGUUCGUUAAGUCAGCGGCCGCCCUCAGGUUCGUUAAGGCAGUGGCCGCCCCCAGGUUCGUUAAGGCAGCGGCCGCCCCCAGGUUCGUUAAGGCAGCGGCCGCCCCCAGGUUCGUUAAGGCAGCGGCCGCCCCCAGGUUCGUUAAGGCAGUGGCCGCCCCCAGGUUCGUUAAGGCAGCGGCCGCCACCAGGUUCGUUAAGGCAGUGGCCGCCCCCAGGUUCGUUAAGGCAGCGGCCGCCCCCAGGUUUGUUAAGGCAGUGGCCGCCCCCAGGUUCGUUAAGGCAGUGGCCGCCCUCAAGUUCGUUAAAGCAGCGGCCGCCCCCAGGUUCGUUAAGGCAGCAGCCGCCCUCAGGUUCUUUAAAGCAGCGGCCGCCCCCAGGUUCGUUAAGGCAGCGGCCGCCCCCAGGUUCGUUAAGGCAGCGGCCGCCCCCAGGUUCGUUAAGGCAGUGGCCGCCCUCAAGUUCGUUAAAGCAGCGGCCGCCCCCAGGUUCGUUAAGGCAGCAGCCGCCCUCAGGUUCUUUAAAGCAGCGGCCGCCCCCAGGUUCGUUAAGGCAGCGGCCGCCCCCAGGUUCGUUAAGGCAGCGGCCGCCCCCAGGUUCGUUAAGGCAGCGGCCGCCCCGAGGUUCGUUAAGGCAGCAGCCGCCCUCAGGUUCUUUAAAGCAGCGGCCGCCCCCAGGUUCGUUAAGGCAGCGGCCGCCCCCAGGUUCGUUAAGGCAGCGGCCGCCCCCAGGUUCGUUAAGGCAGCGGCCGCCCCCAGGUUCGUUAAGGCAGCGGCCGCCCCCAGGUUCGUUAAAGCAGCGGCCGUCCCCAGGUUCGUUAAGGCAGUGGCCUCCACCAGGUUCGUUAAGGCAGCGGCCGCCCCCAGGUUCGUUAAGGCAGUGGCCUCCACCAGGUUCGUUAAGGCAGCGGCCGCCCCCAGGUUCGUUAAGGCAGCGGCCGCCACCAGGUUCGUUAAAGCAGCGCCCGCUCUCAGGUUCGUUAAAUCAGCGGCCGCCGCCAGGUUCGUUAAGGCAGUGGCCUCCACCAGGUUCGUUAAGGCAGCGGCCGCCUUCAGGUUCGUUAAAGCAGCGCCCGCUCUCAGGUUCGUUAAAUCAGUGGCCACCCCCAAGUUCGUUAAGUCAGCGGCCGCCCUCAGGUUCGUUAAGGCAGCGGCCGCCCCCAGGUUUGUUAAGGCAGCGGCCGCCCCCAGGUUCGUUAAGGCAGCGGCCGCCCCCAGGUUCGUUAAGGCAGCGGCCGCCCCCAGGUUCGUUAAGGCAGCGGCCGCCACCAGGUUCGUUAAGGCAGCGGCCGCCCCCAGGUUCGUUAAGGCAGCGGCCGCCCCCAGGUUCGUUAAGGCAGCGGCCGCCCCAGGUUCGUUAAGGCAGCGGCCGCCCCCAGGUUCGUUAAGGCAGCUGCCGCCCCCAGGUUCGUUAAGGCAGCGGCCUCCACCAGGUUCGUUAAGGCAGCGGCCGCCUUCAGGUUCGUUAAAGCAGCGACCGCCCUCAGGUUCUGCAAAUCAGCGGCCGCUCUCAGGUUCGUUAAAGCAGCGGCCGCCCCCAGGUUCGUUAAAGCAGCGGCCGCCCCCAGGUUCGUUAAAGCAGCGGCCGCCCCCAGGUUCAUUAAGGCAGUGGCCACCCUCAGGUUCUUUAAAUCAGCGGCUGCCUCCAGGUUCGUUAAAUCAGCGGCCGCCCCCAGGUUCGUUAAAGCAGCAGCUGCCCCCAGGUUCGUUAAGGCAGUGGCUGCCCUCACGUUCUUUAAAUCAGCAGCCGCCCCCAGAGCAGCGGCCACCCCCAGGUGCGUUAAGGCAGUGGUCGCCCCCAGGUUCGUUAAAUCAGCAGCUUGCCUCCAAGUUGGUUAAAUCAGAGGCUGCCCCCAAGUUCGUUAAGGCAGCGGCCGUCCUCAGGUUCGUUAAAUCAGCGGCCGCCCCCAGGUUCAUUAAAUCAGCGGCCGCCCCCAGGUUCGUUAAAUCGGCGGCCGCCCUCAGGUUCGUUAAAUCAGCAGCCGCCCUCAGGUUCCUUAAAUCAGCGGCCGCCCCCAGGUUCGUUAAAUCAGCCGCCGCCCCCAGGUUUGUUAAGGCAGCUGCCGCCCGCAGCUUCGUUAAAGCAGUGGCCGCCCUCAGGUUCGUUAAAGCAGUGGCCGCCCUCAAGUUCGUUAAAGCAGCGGCCGCCCCCAGGUUCGUUAAAGCAGCGGCCGCCCCCAGGUUCGUUAAAUCAGCGGCCGCCCCCAGGUUUGUUAAGGCAGCUGCUGUCCCCCAGUCACAAGAACAGACCAAGAAUGUCGCUCAGUCACAAGAACAGACCAAGAAUGUCGCUCAGUCACAAGAACAGACCAAGAAUGUCGCUCAGUCACAAGAACAGACCAAGAAUGUCGCUCAGUCACAAGAACAGACCAAGAAUGUCGACCAUUCACAAGAACAGACCAAGAAUGUCGACCAUUCACAAGAACAGACCAAGAAUGUCGACCAUUCACAAGAACAGACCAAGCCUGUCGACCAGUCACAAGAACAGACCAAGAAUGUCGACCAUUCACAAGAACAGACCAAGAAUGUCGACCAGUUUGUAAUCAAGUUUAAUCUCUCCUUAAGGAAUUCGACCUUCUUAAGCUGA